CUCCUCGCACCUCGCUCCUCCGCCCCUCCCUCCCCCACGCUCCCCUCUCCCUCGCGGACGCACAGGGGCCAUCGCCGCCUCGGCGUCUCCGAAGCGAGGCAGAAAAACCCUCUCCUCCGCCCCCCCCCCCCCGCGGGCGGCUAGGGUUUUAGCGCGGCCGCGUCGGCGGGGAAGGAGAGGUCGACGGCGACGGCGGGCGGGCGGGCGGCGCCGGCGAGGGGCGGCGCGUCCUGAGAGAUGGAGGAGGAUCAGUCGGCGAUACUGGUCGCCGAAGGUGCUAUAAAGAGCAUUAAACUUAGCCUCUCCACGGAAGAAGAGAUUUGCACCUACUCUAUAAACGAUUGCCCAGUCACCCAUCCUAGUCAGCUUGCAAAUCCAUUCCUUGGGUUGCCCCUUGAAGCUGGAAAAUGCGAAGCUUGUGGCGCCUCGGAAAAUGACAAAUGCGAAGGGCAUUUUGGGUACAUUGAGCUACCUGUACCCAUAUACCAUCCUUGUCAUGUCAGUGAACUGAGGCAACUAUUGAGCUUGAUAUGUUUGAAGUGCCUUCGGAUAAAGAAAGGGAAGGUACUUGGAGACCAAAACAAUGCAACUUUACUUUGUAAUUUCCUAAUACCUGUCACCGUGAUUUGUUUGGGGCCUAUCUGUUAUACUUUGAUGCUUAACUUUGGCUUACUUUUUAUGAGAACCAUUUCACAUUUGCAGGUUAAGCAAAACAAGGGAAAGGAAAAUGGUUUAGCAACAGCAUGCUUCUAUUGCCGGGAUCUUCCAGCACUGUCUUUGAAAGAAAUCAAGACAACAGAUGGUGCAAUUCGGUUAGAGUUGAGAGCGCCGCCAAGGAAACAUAUGACCGAACGCUCAUGGAACUUCCUUGAUAAAUAUGGACAUCAUUAUGGCGGAAGCUCGCGCCACAGGCCAUUGCUUCCAGAAGAGGCUCUGAAUAUACUGAAGAAGGUUCCAGAUGAUACUAGGAAAAAGCUAGCUGCACGGGGAUACACGGUUCAGUCUGGGUAUGUGAUGAAAUACCUACCAGUACCCCCAAACUGUCUCUAUAUUCCAGAGUUUACUGAUGGGCAGAGCAUCAUGUCCUAUGAUAUUUCAAUAGCUUUGUUGAAGAAGGUGCUUCAAAAGAUAGAGCAGAUAAAAAGAUCAAGAUCUGGUUCCCCAAACUUCGAGUCACAUGAAGAUGAAUCAUGUGAACUACAACUUGCUAUUGGAAAAUACAUCCAUCUAAGGGGCACUACAAGGGGUCCCCAAGACAAUACACGAUUUGCUGUUGGCACCGAUUCAGCUGCAUUGUCAACAAAACAGUGGUUGGAAAGAAUGAGGACAUUAUUUAUCAGCAAAGGGUCAGGUUUCUCAUCACGCAGUGUUCUUACUGGAGAUCCGUACAUUGGUGUGGAUGUCAUAGGGCUUCCGUCUGAAGUGGCAAAAAGAAUUACUUUUGAGGAACAAGUAACUGACAUCAACAUCAACAGGCUGCAAGAUGUGGUUGACAAAGGACUUUGUUUGACUUACAGAGAUGGUCAAGCAAACUAUGCCAUCACUGUAGGAUCGAAGGGGCAUACCACACUCAAAGUUGGCCAAACGAUCAGGAGGAGGAUAGUUGAUGGGGAUGUCGUUUUUCUUAAUAGACCACCCAGUACUCACAAGCACUCUCUCCAGGCCUUUUAUGCAUAUGUGCAUGACGAUCAUACAGUCAAAAUCAAUCCUCUCAUUUGUGGUCCCUUUUCAGCCGACUUCGAUGGUGACUGUGUCCACAUAUAUUAUCCACAGUCACUUGCUGCAAAAGCUGAAGCCCUGGAGCUUUUCAGUGUGGAAAAACAAUUGAUUAGUUCACACAGUGGCAUGGUUAAUCUCCAGCUAGGUAAUGACAGUCUGGUUGCUAUGAAGCUCAUGUCUUCCAGAACCAUGUUAAACAAAGAAUUAGCAAAUCAGCUGGCAAUGUUCAUACCAUUUUCACUUCCGCCUCCUGCUGUAAUCAAGUCGAUUCCAGCUUGGACAAUCACACAAAUAGUGCAAGGUGCAUUACCUGCUAAGUUGACUUGCCAAGGAAAAACACACUUAGUCAGGGACAGUACUGUUAUAAAGCUGGAUCUUGACAAAGAAUAUGUUCACGAUUCAUUCACUGAUUUGGUGUCGUCCCUUCUUUCCGAGAAGGGUCCGAGAGAGGCACUGCAAUUUCUCAAUGUGUUGCAGCCACUGUUUAUGGAAUUUUUACUUCUCGAGGGUUUUAGUGUAAGCCUGAGAGAUUUUAAUGUUCCUAAGGCUAUAUUGGAAGACGGACAGAAAAACAUUCAGAAACAGUCUAUCAUCCUUGAACAAUCAAGAUUCUCUAAAAGUCAAUUUGUAGAGAUGCGUGUUGAAAACAAUCUGAAGAGUGUCAAACAGCAGAUUUCAGAUUUUGUCGUUAAGUGCUCUAAUUUGGGGUUACUGAUUGAUCCUAAAAAAGAAUCUGCGAUGUCAAAAGUAGUUCAACAACUGGGUUUUGUUGGACUACAACUUUAUAGUGAUGGAAAGCUAUACUCAAGCCGCCUGGUAGAGGAUUGCUUCUCAAGUUUUGUGAAUAAACACUCAGACAGUGGAGAUGAGCACCCCCCAGAGGCUUAUGGUCUUGUGCAAAGUUCUUAUUUUCAUGGUCUCAAUCCUUAUGAAGAGUUAAUACAUGCUAUAUCCACAAGAGAAGCUAUGGUCCGCUCCUCAAGAGGGUUGACAGAACCUGGAACUCUGUUCAAGAAUUUAAUGGCCAUCUUGCGGGAUGUAGUUAUAUGCUAUGAUGGAACUGUGAGGAACACCUGCAGCAAUUCAAUCAUACAGCUUAAGUACAAGGAAGAUGAUGAGACAGAUUUUCCAAGUGCCUUACCUCCUGGUGAACCUGUGGGUGUCUUAGCCGCCACAGCUAUCUCGAACCCUGCAUACAAGGCUGUCUUGGAUUCGUCUCAGAGUAACAAUGCUUCGUGGGAGUUAAUGAAGGAAACACUUCAGGCUAAAACUGGCUACAAAAAUGAUAUGAAAGAUCGGAAAGUUAUCCUGUUUUUGAAUGACUGCUCUUGUCCCAAGAAGUUCUGCAAGGAACGGGCUGCUCUUACAGUACAAAGUUGUCUUAGGAGAGUCACAAUAGCAGAUUGUGCUACUGAUAUCUGCAUUGAGCAUCAGAAGCAGAUAAAUUUAGAUGGAACAUCUGAAGCUGCCCCAAGUCUUGUAGGCCAUAUUCACCUAGACAAGGCACAGUUAGAAAGGAUAAACAUUAAUACUCAAGACAUUCUCCAAAAAUGCGAAGAAGUUUCUGGGAGAUAUGGAAAGAAGAAAGGACAUCUUUGCCACCUUCUCAGAAAGAUCACUUUCGCUACAUGUGAUUGUUCAUUCGGACAGAAUCCAGUUGAUGGAUACCUACAUAUGAUUCCAUGUGUGCAGUUCUCUUUCUCUGAUGACAACACCAUAUUAUCUGAAUCUGUUGAGAGAGCAGUAAAUGUGAUAGCUGACUCUGUGUGUUCAGUGCUUUUGGAUACAAUUAUAAAAGGUGACCCUCGUAUUCAAGCAGCUAAAAUCGUCUGGGUUGAAUCGGAUGCGACCUCUUGGGUAAAGAACACACGGAAGACACCAAAGGGCGAGCCAGCAUUAGAAAUCAUUGUAGAAAAAGAUGAAGCUGUACACAAUGGUGAUGCCUGGAGAACAACAAUGGAUGCCUGCAUACCUGUCCUUAAUCUCAUUGACACAAGAAGGUCUAUUCCUUAUGGUAUUCAACAAGUGAGAGAACUUCUUGGCAUCUCAUGUGCCUUUGAUCAAGUUGUACAGCGGCUUUCAACUACUGUAAAAAUGGUUGCUAAAGGAGUUCUCAAGGACCAUUUGAUACUUGUGGCAAACAGUAUGACAUGCACUGGAAACUUAUAUGGGUUCAAUACUGGUGGCUAUAAGGCAACCUUCCGUUCACUAAAAGUUCAAGUGCCUUUCACAGUGUCCACUUUGUUUACUCCUAUGAAAUGCUUUGAGAAGGCUGCGGAAAAAUGUGAGUCUGAUUCAUUGGGAUGUGUGGUUUCAUCGUGCUCAUGGGGCAAGCACGCCGCGAUAGGAACUGGUUCAUCAUUUGAGAUUCUUUGGAACGAAAAUCAGCUGAAAAGCAAUAAAGAGUAUGGUGAUGGGCUCUAUGAUUUCUUAGCCUUGGUCAGGACCGACCAAGAAAAGGCAGGAUACACGUUCUUGGAUGAUGUUGACUACCUUGUAGCAGAAAAUGCAGUGGAUGAUGUAUGCUUAUCGCCUGAACCAGAUGGGAUCCUUGGUAAGCUCACCUUUGAGGAUAAUUUUGAAGAGCGUGAUAUUCAGAAGGGCAGCUCAUGGGAAAAUGGUGCAACAAUGAACUCGAGUUGGGAACAAAAUGGAAGUGCUGGUAAUGAUUCGGGUGACUGGGGAGGUUGGUGCAAUGGAGCAGCAGCAGCUACCAAACCACUCGACCAAGAUAAUUCAUGCUGGGAUGUGCAUGCAGUGGUGGAGAACAAUUCCACUGAUUGGGGAGGUUGGGGCACUGAGAAGCAGACAAAUGGAGAACAAGCUGAAACUGAUACUUGGGCUGAUAAGGGUGCUAGAGUGGAAUCAAGUGCAGGUGAUAAUAACUGGGAGAAGUCCAGCACUCCUGAGGACCAUGGUCCAUGGGGCAACAUGCCAGCAUCAGCAUCAGAAAAUGCGUGGGACAAACAGAAAGGAGAUGGAGGUGAUAGUGCCUGGGAGAAGCAAAAAUGCUCUUCCAAGUUACAGGAGAUGGAUGUGGACCAAGUCUCUUGGUGUAAGAAGACAACGCCACCGUCAAGCAACAUGUGGGACAAAAAGAAGUCUGAUGGUGGCCAUGGCAACUGGCAGGAGCAGCCCAGCAGUUGGAAUGAGCAGACCUUGAAUGUAGAUCAGGACUCGUGGGGCAACGACAAAGAAAAAAAGAAGUCACAUGGUGGUGAGAGUCAAUGGGCGGAGCGGGUCAGCACUUACAAACGGAAGAGGGCAAAUGCUGACGAUUCCUGGGAUAACAUGGCUAUGUCCCCAUCAAACAAUGCUUGGAAUACUGGCAAGGGAGUUGGAAGAUCAAAUACCAAGUCUGAUGGAGGAUCCAGUUGGGGCAACAGAGAUAAUAUGGGGACUCAUGAGCAUUCGGAAGCCCUGAAAGAAUCUGAUCCAUGGAGUACAGGGAAAUCAAAUGGAAAGUCAUGGGAGAAAACUGAUGCACUACAGGAUUCCUGGGGUAAGAGUGCAGCUGACAAUAAUAACAUGCAGGAGGAUUCCUUGGACAAAAAAGCUCUAACGGGCACCAAUUCACAGCAAGAUUCGUGGGGUAAUAUGGCAAUCCAGAAUAACAACACACUGAAUGAUUCCUGGGAAAAUGGAGCACAAAAGGUCCAGACUUCUGCUGCAGAGGAUUCCUGGGGUAAUCCAGCUGCAACACCAGCGGGUAAUGCAGAUGCGAAGCAAUCAGAUUCAUGGGAUGGCUGGAAUGCUGCUACCCCUGCUGAGAACUCACAAGGUAAAUGGAAUGAGACAACUGAUUCUGGUAACAACGAAGGCUGGAAAUCAGAUGGAUGGGGUGGCACAUCUGGUAAUUGGAGUGGCCAAAGAAACAAUUCUGGGAGGCCCCCAAGGAGACUAGAUGAGAGGGGCCCACCUCCACCAAGACAACGGUUCGAACUAACAACUGAGGAGAAAAACAUGAUAAAAGAAGUUGAACCCAUUUUGAUGCGUAUCAGAAGGAUAUCCCGCGAAGCAUGUGACGGUGUUAGACUUCAGCCUGAAGAUGAAAAGUUCAUACAGGAGAAAGUUCUUGAGAACCACCCUGAAAAGCAAUCAAAGGUGUCUGGUGCAAUCGACUAUAUAAUGGUCGACAAGCACCAAACUUUCCAGGAUACUCGAUGCUUCUUUGUGGUCUCGACGGAUGGAUCCCGUUCAGAUUUCUCCUACCUCAAGUGCCUGGAGAACUUCGUGAGGAAGAACUACAAGGAGGACGUCGAUGCAUUCUGCAUGAAGUAUUUGAGGCCACGUCGCAGGCAAGCACGUCCAGCUGAUGCAGUGGCAACACCAGGCAUUCCGGCUGAGGCUCCACCAUCUACCGCAGCUGAGACUGAGCAAGGGACUCCAGCCCCUCCAGUGGAGGUUCCACAGGAGAUUGGGGGUUCUCCAGGAGCAGCUCCAGAAGAGACUCCCAAGCCAGAUUCAACUGGUAUUGUAGGGAUCCUGAAGAAGCAGCCUGACCUCACUCCAGCUUCUCCAGUUGCGGCACCACAGGGGGUCCCUGAGUUAGAUUCAACCGGUGACGCAGGGACCCUGGAGAAGCAACCUGACUUGACUCCGGCUUCUCCAGUUGUGACACAGCAAGAGGUUCCGGAGCCAGACUCAACCGAAGGUGGUGGGAUUCUAGGCAAGGGUCCUGAUCUGACCGCAGAAUCUCCAGCGGUGUCUCCGCAAGUGACUCCAGACCCAUAUUCGAUGAAGCCUGAUAAGAAUGACUGAUUGCUUAGGCCGUGACAUGUAAACGCCAGACCUGCCCUCUGAGCAUUCCCUUGCUAGUUAGUAGUCAUCUACUUUCCCUCUGACCUCGUCAGGAGAGGAUUCAGCAGCAAACAUUCAGACAUUCGCCGGCUGCAUUUGCCGACCCGUGCCCCGUCCUGACGAAACUCUGUAAAUUCUGUGAAUGUUACCCUGUUUACCGUAUCCUUGUUUAGUUUGUUACCCCCUGUUGGUAUC